AUUGGUUUAAUUUAAUUAUUCAAUUUCUUAAAUAUGAAAUACGUCAAUGCAUCCAGAAAAAUGUCCAUCAAACCAGAACUCGUUAUGGAGAUUUUAUAUAAUGACAUUUAUCCAACUUCAGUGGAAUGGGUUUUUGUAUUUCUGUAUAUAGUUACAUUUCUUCUCGGAACAAUCGGAAACUUACUGGUUGUUAUUUCUUACGCAAAGUUUGAUAAAUUGAGAAACACUGUUUAUACUCUUAUUCUAAAUUUGGCAAUAUCUGAUUUAAUUGUGAUAUUCACUUGUAUGCCGACGACAAUACUUGGAGAUAUUACUGAAACGUGGUUUUUGGGAAAAGAUAUGUGCAAAAUUUUUGGGUUCAUACAGGGUAUAUCUGUGUCAGUUUCAAUAUUUACUUUGGUGUGUAUAUCGGUUGAACGUUAUUUUGGAAUUUGUCGAUCUACUAAAAGUGCAAAAACUCAUCUCAAUUCAUGUUAUAAAUCACUUGCGUUUGUUUGGUUAUUGGCUAUUAUUGUCAAUUCUCCAAAUUUAUUUAUACUUAGUACAAAAUCACCGUUUGAAGAUUUUACAAUAUUAUUUACUACUUGUUAUGAAACUUGGUCUCCCAAAAAACAACUUAUCUAUCAAUCUAUACUUAUGGUCAUUAUUUUUGUUGUACCAUUUUUCUGCAUGUUAUUUUUUUAUAUUCAAAUUUCACUCAAAAUGAAAUCAUCACUAAAUGAACGAAAUAAGACGUUAUAUGCCAACAAUUAUACACAUGCAAAAACGAAAAACAACUCGAGUAGAAGAAACAAAUCUCGAAAACGAGUAGCUCACAUGUUGGUUGUGAUAAACAUCUUAUUUUUUGUUUUGUGUCUACCUGUUUAUUUACUCAAUAUCGCCAGAUAUUCAAAGAUAUUGAACGAAACAUCUGAAUUAGUAGUCUAUAUGGCUUUAACCGCUCACUGGUUUGUCGGAUUAAAUAGUGCAAUAAAUCCAAUUAUUUACUGUUUAAUGAGUGCCAAAUUUCGUAGUGCAUUUGGAAGUAUUUGUCACAUAAAUGUCUUAAUACCAAAUUCAAAUACAAUAUUAAAGAAGCUAAGUACUACAUCCACCAUGCAUAGAAAUAAUCUCAUUUAAAAUUGAAUUAUAUAAAUACUUGCACUCGGUAU